UCAACACACAAAACAACAAGGGUAUUAUCGUCAUUCAAAUAACAAAAAAAUCACAAGGGUAAUAUAGUCAUUUACACUACCUUCAAAUAUGCCCGGGGAUUAUGCACGCUUUAUAUGCAGCGUAGACACCUAACUGAAUCAGUCUAACAGAGAAACCCAAAAAAAAAAAAAAUUCCCUUCUCUGAUUUUUCGGAGCAGGGAAAAAAAAAUAUUCAAAAUCGGAGAUUAUCACAAAUCUCAAAUCUCAAAUCUCAAAUCUCAAAUCUCGAUUUUGAUUCUCGUCGGAGGUGGUUAAACAAUGGCGGCUGCUUCGAAUGGGAGUGAGUAUUUCGAAUUCGAUGUAGAAACAGGUAGAGAAUCGUUCGCGCGGCCGUCUAACGCCGAUACAGUGGAGCAAGAUGAAGAAGAUCUACGGUGGGCGGCGAUCGGACGGUUACCGUCGCAGAGACAAGGCAGUCAGAGUGCGAUUCUGCUUCGAUCGCAAACGCAAACGCAGACUUCUGGUUACGCUGAUGGAAACGUGGUUCAAACGAUUGAUGUGAAGAAAUUGGAUCGUGCCGAUCGUGAGAUGUUGGUUCGUCAAGCUCUUGCUACUAGUGAUCAGGAUAAUUUCAAACUUCUCUCUGCUAUUAAAGAACGUCUCGAUCGAGUUGGUAUGGAGGUACCGAAAAUCGAAGUCCGGUUCGAGAAUUUGAAUAUUGAAGCUGAUGUUCAAGCGGGUACAAGAGCUUUGCCAACUUUGGUUAAUGUCUCUCGUGAUUUCUUUGAGCGUUGCUUAAGCAGCUUGAGAAUAAUCAAGCCUAGGAAACACAAGCUAAAUAUUUUGAAAGAUAUUAGUGGGAUUAUAAAACCAGGAAGGAUGACUUUGUUAUUAGGACCACCGGGUUCCGGAAAAUCGACGUUGCUUCUUGCUCUUUCAGGGAAGCUUGAUAAGAGUUUAAAGAAAACGGGUAACAUUACCUACAAUGGAGAGAAUCUUGAUAAGUUCCAUGUUAAAAGGACUUCAGCAUAUAUUAGUCAAACAGAUAAUCACAUUGCUGAACUCACUGUUCGCGAAACGCUUGAUUUUGCUGCGAGAUGUCAAGGCGCAAGCGAAGGAUUUGCAGGUUACAUGAAAGAUCUAACCAGAUUAGAGAAAGAGAGGGGUAUACGUCCUUCUUCCGAGAUUGACGCUUUUAUGAAGGCUGCUUCUGUCAGUGGUGAAAAGCAUAGUGUAUCGACAGAUUAUGUGCUUAGAGUUCUUGGUCUUGAUGUAUGUUCUGAUACAAUGGUUGGUAAUGAUAUGAUGAGAGGUGUUUCAGGAGGUCAAAGGAAAAGAGUAACAACAGGAGAAAUGACUGUUGGACCAAGAAAAACCUUGUUUAUGGAUGAAAUAUCUACUGGUCUUGAUAGCUCAACAACUUUCCAGAUUGUGAAAUGUAUCAGAAACUUCGUUCAUCUAAUGGAUGCAACAGUUCUUAUGGCACUUCUUCAGCCUGCACCGGAAACAUUUGAUUUGUUUGAUGACUUAAUUCUUCUCUCAGAAGGUUACAUGGUAUAUCAAGGUCCUCGAGAAGAUGUGAUAGCCUUUUUUGAGUCUCUAGGAUUCCGUAUUCCACCACGUAAAGGUGUCGCAGAUUUUCUCCAAGAGGUGACCUCCAAAAAGGAUCAAGCUCAAUAUUGGGUCGAUCCUUCGAAGCCAUAUCAGUUUAUUCCUGUCUCAGACAUAGCGGCUGCAUUCCGUAACUCGAAAUACGGGCAUGCUGCAGAUUCCAAGCUGGCCACACCAUUUGAUAAGUCAUCCGUGGAUCCUUCAGCUUUAUGCAGAACAAAAUUUGCCAUAUCAGGAUGGGAAAACCUUAAAGUUUGCUUUGUACGAGAAAUACUAUUGAUCAACCGGCACAGAUUUCUUUACACUUUUAGGACAUGCCAGGUUGCAUUUGUGGGACUUGUCACAGCCACGGUGUUCUUGAGAACUAGACUACACCCAACAAGCGAACAAUUUGGCAACGAGUAUCUAUCUUGCCUUUUCUUCGGGCUAGUGCACAUGAUGUUCAAUGGUUUCUCUGAACUGCCUCUCAUGAUAUCCCGUCUCCCGGUUUUCUACAAGCAAAGGGAUAACUCCUUUCAUCCUGCUUGGUCCUGGUCUAUCGCCAGCUGGCUGUUGCGUGUGCCUUAUUCUAUCCUUGAAGCUGUUGUCUGGAGUUGUGUAGUAUACUACAGUGUGGGACUUGCUCCCUCAGCAGGCAGAUUUUUCCGAUACAUGUUACUCCUCUUCUCGGUGCAUCAAAUGGCUCUCGGUUUAUUUCGUAUGAUGGCUUCUCUAGCAAGGGAUAUGGUCAUUGCCAAUACAUUCGGAUCCGCAGCAAUCUUAGUAGUGUUCUUGCUUGGUGGAUUCGUUAUUCCAAAAGCUGAUAUUAAACCCUGGUGGGUUUGGGGUUUUUGGGUGUCGCCGUUAUCCUAUGGACAACGUGCCAUUGCGGUCAAUGAAUUCACAGCCACACGGUGGAUGUCGCCAUCCGCUAUAUCGGAUACUUCAAUCGGAUUCAACCUUCUAAAGCUAAGGAGUUUUCCCACAAAUGACAAUUGGUAUUGGAUUGGAAUUGCGGUUCUCAUUGGUUAUGCAAUUUUAUUCAACAACGUUGUCACUCUCGCCUUGGCUUAUCUUAACCGUGAGAUCUCUAUUGCUAAUGAUUCUUUCUUCUAUCUCUGUAGUAAUACUGUGAAGCUUAGUCUUUUUUGUUUUUCUCUUGCAGCUCUAAGAAAAGCUCGAGCAGUUGUUUUAGACGAUCCUAAAGAAGAAACUCAAACAUCUUUAGUAGCAGAUGCAAAUCAAGAAAAAAGUCAGAAAAAGGGAAUGAUCCUUCCAUUCAAACCAUUAACAAUGACUUUCCACAAUGUCAACUAUUAUGUUGAUAUGCCAAAGGAAAUGCGUUCUCAAGGUGUCCCAGAGACAAGACUACAACUGUUAUCAAAUGUGAGUGGAGUCUUCUCACCUGGUGUUCUUACAGCUUUAGUUGGAUCAAGCGGUGCGGGAAAAACUACAUUGAUGGAUGUUCUUGCGGGCCGAAAGACAGGUGGAUAUACCGAGGGAGAUAUUAGAAUCUCUGGUCACCCAAAAGAACAACAAACGUUUGCUAGAAUCUCUGGAUAUGUUGAGCAGAACGAUAUCCAUUCUCCUCAAGUCACAGUUGAAGAGUCCCUGUGGUUUUCGGCUAGCCUUCGUCUUCCUAAAGAGAUCAGUAAAGAACAGAAAAAGGAAUUUGUGGAAGAAGUGAUGAGACUUGUAGAGCUUGAUACUCUGAGAUAUGCUUUAGUAGGUUUACCCGGUACAACCGGACUUUCUACAGAGCAGAGGAAACGUCUAACAAUUGCUGUUGAGUUAGUAGCAAAUCCAUCAAUAAUUUUCAUGGAUGAACCAACAUCUGGACUUGAUGCAAGAGCAGCUGCAAUUGUGAUGAGAACUGUAAGAAACACUGUUGACACCGGAAGAACAGUGGUUUGCACCAUUCAUCAACCCAGCAUUGACAUUUUCGAGGCCUUUGACGAGCUGCUUCUAAUGAAACGAGGAGGACAAGUUAUAUAUGGUGGGAAAUUGGGUACACACUCACAAGUUUUGGUAGACUACUUUCAGGGGAUUAACGGAGUACCUGCAAUCUCAAGUGGUUACAAUCCAGCUACUUGGAUGCUUGAAGUAACUACGCCUGCUUUGGAAGAGAAAUAUAACAUGGAGUUUGCAGAUUUAUACAAGAAAUCUGAUCAGUUUAGAGAAGUGGAGGAAAACAUCAAGCAACUCAGUGUUCCACCAGAAGGCUCAGAGCCAAUAAGCUUUACUUCAAGAUACUCACAAAACCAACUAUCUCAAUUUCUACUCUGUCUCUGGAAACAGAACCUUGUCUACUGGAGAAGUCCAGAAUACAAUCUCGUGAGAUUGGUCUUCACAACGAUCGCUGCGUUUAUACUCGGCACAGUUUUCUGGGACAUUGGUUCCAGGAGGACUUCCUCACAGGAUUUGAUCACUGUAAUGGGAGCUCUCUACUCGGCUUGUCUGUUUCUUGGAGUUAGUAACGCUUCAUCGGUACAACCAAUCGUUUCAAUCGAAAGAACAGUUUUCUACAGAGAGAAAGCCGCCGGUAUGUAUGCUCCAAUUCCAUAUGCAGCUGCCCAAGGUCUUGUGGAGAUACCUUACAUUCUUACCCAAACCAUUCUUUAUGGUGUCAUCACAUACUUCACCAUUGGUUUUGAAAGAACAUUAAGCAAGUUUGUACUGUAUUUGGUGUUCAUGUUCCUCACAUUCACCUACUUCACCUUCUACGGCAUGAUGGCAGUUGGUCUCACCCCGAAUCAGCACUUAGCCGCUGUUAUCUCCUCUGCGUUUUACUCUCUCUGGAAUCUCCUCUCCGGUUUCCUCGUCCAAAAACCUUUGAUUCCAGUGUGGUGGAUAUGGUUCUAUUACAUAUGUCCAGUGGCGUGGACACUUCAAGGAGUAAUCCUUUCACAGCUUGGUGACGUGGAGAGCAUGAUCAACGAGCCAAUGUUCCAUGGCACAGUCAAAGAAUUCAUUGAACUUUACUUCGGCUACAAGCCAAAUAUGAUCGGUGUAUCUGCUGCAGUUCUUGUCGGUUUUUGUGCUCUCUUCUUCUCAGCAUUUGCACUUUCAGUCAAAUACCUCAACUUCCAGAGAAGAUAAAAGUCCUAUGUGACUUUCUUUGAUAUUUUUGGCCAUUGUCAUUCGUGUUCCGUUUUAAGAAUAGCUAGGAUUCGUUUUAAAGUUAGUUUUUUUUUACAUUGACGAAAAAAACAUACCUAAAAAAAGAUUCUGUUUUGUUCUAUUUAGGCUUUAUAGUUUUGUACACUGAAUAUUGAUUCUGUUUUGCUCUGUUUAGGGUUUAUAGUUCAAUU